UGCACCAGCACCCAUAGCGCUGUGGCAGGUGCCCGCCCUCCCGCCAGGGCCGCCUCGGUCCUCUUCAAAUCCGCUCCCCGCACUGUGGAGCCGCGAGUGGUCAGUGCGACGCGGGACAGCUGCGGGGAAUGAAAAUGAAGCUGUUGGGGUUGGUGGUCUGUUUGGUCCUUGGGAUCCUGCAUUUGGUGGGGACCAGAGGGAAAGUGUCAGCUGUGGAUCCUGAAGCAAACAUGACUGUGAUUGAAAUUAUCACUCACUGGGGAUUCCCUGCUGAGGAACACUUAGUGGAGACAGAAGACGGGUAUAUUCUGUGCCUUCACCGAAUCCCUCAUGGGAGGAAGAGCUAUUCUGACAAAGGUCCCAAACCAGUUGUCUAUCUGCAGCAUGGCUUGCUAGCAGACUCCAGUAACUGGGUGACCAACCUUGACAACAGCAGCCUGGGCUUCAUUCUUGCGGAUGCUGGUUUUGAUGUGUGGAUGGGAAAUAGCAGAGGAAACACCUGGUCUCGGAAACACAAGACUCUUUCAGUUUCUCAGGAUGAAUUCUGGGCUUUCAGUUUUGAUGAGAUGGCAAAGUAUGACCUCCCAGCUUCAAUUAACUACAUUCUGAGUAAAACUGGUCAAGAACAAAUAUAUUAUGUGGGCCAUUCUCAAGGCACCACAAUAGCCUUUAUAGCAUUUUCACAGAUCCCAGAGUUGGCCAAAAGAAUUAAAAUGUUUUUUGCCUUGGCUCCUGUGGUUUCACUGAGUUUCUGUUUAAGCCCUCUAACCAAAUUAGGACGACUGCCAAGUCUUGUCAUUGAGGACUUAUUUGGGCACAAAGAAUUUCUUCCCCAGAAUGCAUUUCUGAAGUGGCUGAGUACCCAUGUUUGUACCCAUGUUAUUCUGAAGGAGCUUUGUGGAAAUAUCGCUUUUCUUCUGUGUGGAUUUAAUGAGAAGAAUUUAAAUAUGUCUAGAGUGGACGUGUAUACGACACACUGUCCUGCAGGAACUUCGGUGCAGAACAUGCUACACUGGAGCCAGGCUGUUAAACUCCAAAAGUUUCAAGCCUUUGACUGGGGAAGCAGUGCCAAGAAUUACUUUCAUUACAACCAGAGUUACCCUCCCAGAUACAAUGUGAAAGAUAUGCUUGUGCCCACUGCCCUGUGGAGUGGGGGUCACGACUGGCUCGCAGAUGUCAAAGACAUCAACAUCUUACUGACUCAGAUCACCAACUUGGUGUACUACAAGCACAUUCCUGACUGGGAACAUCUUGAUUUCAUCUGGGGCUUGGACGCCCCUUGGCGAUUAUAUAAUGAAAUUAUUGAUCUGAUGAAGAAAUACCAGUGAAAAAACCCAGAGACCUGUACUGCCAACUCAUGCAAAAAUGUGUUUGCUUAAUUUCUGUAAAAUACUUGUUUUCCUUUCCCAGAUCAUUUGUAUUUUUAUAUGCAAGAAAAUGAUGACUUUGGAACACUAGCUGUAUUUUAAUUAUGACUGACUAUGAAGCAAGGGUCUCAACUAUAGUACUGUCUUUUUAAGUCUUUUAAAAAAAUACCACUGACUUGUGAAAAAAUCGUUAUAACCGUUCUGUGUCUCCUUACAAUUCAAAAUCCAUUCCUGCCUUUUUAUGCCUACCUGGAACAAAUUAACAUGUGUUGGGAAUUUUACACUGUUGGUAAAUAAUCAGUCACUGACUGGAGUACGAUAUUAUAAAAAGUACCCAGUUCUUAUCUCCUUGCCUUAAAAGACUCUCCAGUCCAAUGGUCUUGUAUUUAUGGAUCUAAAUGACGCUUUUUCAUGUUUUUAUGUAAUAACAACCUUGUUAAAUCCAAUGAUAUCCAAGCUGUGCCAGGAAUAAAGAUUUGAUAAAAUCAGUUUUAUCAAACCUCAGUAGUAAGCAUUUAGCAAAUGUUUGAAUUUCUCAGGCCAAGCAAAAUAGUUUACUGGAGUCUUUAAAAACAUAGCACUGAUUUUUAAAACUCUGUUAUAAAUGACUUGAAGAAUGAUACACCUAUUAUUUUCCUGAAAUCUAGGUUAUCCUAUUUGUCUGAGAAGAAAAGUCCCGUGGAGAGACUAAACCACUAUUUUUCCUGAAAUUAAUGAGCUCUGAACCAGCUUCUGUAGGUCUGUGACGAUGUCUACAUGAAGCCAAAGCCCAUGAGAAGUUCAUUUCAUUUUCACUCAAAUGAAAUUGUGAACAUGAUAUUUUCAGAUUAAAGCACAGCUCAGGAAUGCAUUUUAUUCUUUUAGUUUAGUUUCAUUCAUGUUUUUAAUAAGCCUGCUUUGUAACCUUGUGUCAAGGAAUCCCACAUUCAUCUGCUUUUCUCGUAGCAUUAUUUCUUUACAAUACUUUUGGAUGGGUGGAGUGAGGAUGUGUUUUUCGGAUGCAGUUACUUUAGCUGCAUUAAAAAUACUUUAGCUGCAGUAACAAUACUUGGCAUUGGCUAAUACAUGU